AGGCGAAGGAGGGUCACCGCGUGAGAGAGGCAGAGUGGCACGAUGGCGUCCCGCGGUCCCUCAACCAAGCGUGGUGGUGGCUCCUCCGGCGGGUCCGGGGGCUCUCGGGGACCCGAGCCGCAGGGGGAGCCUCCGCCUCCGCUGCAGGCCGUGCUGGUGGCCGACAGCUUCAACCGCCGCUUCUGCCCCAUUUCCAAGGACCGGCCUCGGGCGCUGAUUCCUCUAGCAAAUGUGGCCAUGAUAGAUUAUACCCUGGAAUUCCUGACUGCAACGGGAGUGGAGGAAACGUUUGUCUUUUGCUGCUGGAAGUCGGCGGAGAUCAAGGAACAUUUACAGAAAUCCAAGUGGUGCCGUCCGACUUCUCCAAACACUGUCCGAUUCGUGACCUCAGACCUCUACCGCUCGCUUGGGGACGUGCUGAGGGACGUCGAUGCCAAGUCUCUUGUUCGUUCAGACUUCGUCCUGGUCUCUGGAGAUGUGGUGUCCAAUAUUAACAUUUCCACAGCUUUACAGGAACACAGAGCGCGGCGCAAAGCGGAGAAGAACGUGUCCGUGAUGACGAUGGUUUUCAAAGAGUCUUCGCCAGGUCACCGGGCCAGAUGUCAAGAGGACGACGUCAUCCUUGCCACGGACAGCGCAACAAACCGGGUUCUUCACUACCAGAAGACGCAAGGGCUGAAGCGCUUCCAGUUUCCCACGAGCUUGUUCCAGAGCAACGUAGAAGACGUGGAAGUGCGGCAUGAUUUGUUGGACUGCCACAUCAGCAUCUGCUCUCCUCAGGUGGCUGAGCUGUUCACGGAUAACUUUGACUACCAGACUCGAGACGACUUUGUGCGCGGCCUUUUGGUGAACGAGGAGGUCCUGGGCAACCAGAUCCACCUGCAAGUGACGUCGGAAGAGUACGGCGCCACCGUCUCCAACUUGCUGAUGUACGAAGCUGUGUCCGCCGACGUUAUCCAGCGCUGGGUUUACCCUCUGACUCCAGAGAUGAACUUCAGCGACGAUGAGAAGCAGAAGUGCACUCAUUCCCGCCACAACAUCUACCGGGGGGCGGAGGUGAGCCUGGGCCACGGCAGCGUGUUGGAGGAGAACGUCUUGAUCGGGCAGGGAACAUCGGUUGGCAACAAGUGCUUGAUCGCCAACAGCGUUAUUGGCCCGGACUGCAAGAUAGGUGACGAGGUCAUUCUGGACGGGGCGUUCCUGUGGAAUGGGGUCCGUGUCGGAGACCACGUGAAGAUCCAGCAGUCGAUUGUCUGUGAUGAGGCGGAGGUGAAAAAAGGGGUCACGCUGAAGCCUCGCUGCGUCCUCACUUCCCAGGUGGCGGUGGGCCCUGACAUCGUCCUCGUGGAAGGCACCGUCGUCUCCUUACAUCCCACAGAUGAGGAAGAGGAAGACGAGGACCAGUUCAGCGACGACUCCAGCGUGACUAAAGAGGAGAGCAAAGUGAAACUAAAAGGUUACAACGUAGCGGAAGUUGGCUCUGAAGGCAGAGGUUACCUUUGGAAAGCAGACAGCAAGAACGACGUGGACGGAGAGGAGCAGAGACACAGUCUAUGGGGCCCUGCUUUAAGUGCGGAAGAAGAAAGUGAGUCCGACAGCGACAUGAGCCAAGGGUCUGAGCAUUCGGGUAGUCGGGCAUCUUCCCCUCAGCUGGAUGACAUCAAAGUCUUCCAGAAUGAGGUGCUGGGGACCUUGCAGAGGGGUGAAGAGGAAAACAUAUCCUGUGACAACCUGGUUUUGGAGAUCAACUCUCUCAAGUAUGCCUAUAACAUUGGCUUAAAAGAAGUGAUGGAGGUGCUCAGCAAGGUGGUUCUGGAAUUCCCCCUGCAACAGAUAAACGCCGAAAAAGAUCCCCAGCACUACUUCAUGUCGGUAGUCCCUGUGAGUAGCCCCUCUUCCCUUCCUGUGGCCAACACUACACCCUCUGGCAGCGAAUUCUACAUUUUAAUCACUUGCAGCGUCAAGAAGUAUUUCCUGUUGUCUGUCCUGGAGGAAAUGCUUCUUGAACACACCGAGAGAAGCAUCUGUGAGAAUUACCGUAACAGCUCGCCCCAAAGGGUCCGAAUCACUUCUGCUCUGUUGCAGGUGCUGAUGACUUUCUACCAACUGGAGAUCCUGGCCGAAGAGAUGAUCCUCACCUGGUUUUCUCAGCCAGGGAUGUCUGAGAAAGGCAGACAGCUUCGUAAAAACCAGCGGCUUCAGAAAUUCAUCCAGUGGUUGGAGGAGGCCGAAGAGGAGUCAUCGGAGGGGGAACAGAACUGACGUGGUGGCCACCAUCCGUAAGGGAAGCUCCUGCUGCCUGUCUGGGAGGAAAGCGGGGCCGUGGGGCCGAGGCCUCGGCUCGAAGGGGCCGGAGUAGACGCGAGCCCCAAUGCAUGGUGUGUGCGUGUAGGACCUGCCAGAUCCGAGUGGCCGACAAUCCCGGCGUGGUUCAUUAUUGUACGUGGCUCCUACCCCUGGAAUGGCACACCUUGAAGAAACCACUGGGGGGAACAGCAAGAGACCUGUAUAUGUGCAAGAUCUUUUUCUGGGGUGGGAAUCUGUGUAAAAAUAUACAUAUAUAUAUAUAUAUAUGGUGAUGUAUAAUAAGCUAUCCACGAGGGGUAGAGAGCUUGCAGCUGACAUAGACGUUAACAGAGGUAAAUACGUACAGGUUCCAUGUCAGCCUUCGCUGUCGGGGUCUGAAUUACUUUGGAAAUUUUUUUUUUAAAGUCUGGUUGUGGCCAAUUUUAUUUGAAGCUUUUGACUUUCGGGGCGAGGUGGGGGGGGUGGGGAGGGGAGGGGAGGGUUGUGCACGCAGGACAUUUCUGCCUUUUAUCUGGAAGCCCAACCGGUAAACGGAAAAUAUAUCGAUUGCUGGUCUAAGCCCCGGGUGGCCGGUGGCCUUCCAGAUGUCCCUGAACUACAAUUCCCAUCAGCUCUGCCAAUUGACCGUGUGAGCAGGGGCUGAUGGGAAUCGUAGUCCAUGAAUAUCUGGGGCACCAGAGUUGAACACCCCUGGUCUAAGCUCAGGAGUGGUCUGAGAAGACUCCCCGGGAGAGUCUCUGUGGCACUGGGGAAGUUGUCUGAGAGUGCCAAGAUAGCCCGGCCUGGUUGAAUGGGAAAAGCAUCCACGUGGGCUGCGGUGUCCGCUCGGCGCUGCACCUUUGCCAAAAUCACGGAGUCUCUUCUGUUUGUACAAUGGGGUUUGGAGGGAGAAUGUUCACCUACCUCACAACGAUUGGAAAAAUUGUUCAUAAUUGGAAAAAAAUAUCUGCAAGUAUUCUUAUGCGGAGGCCUCAUUUGUCCACAUCCCGGCCGCUUUGCCGACCAGUCAGGUUCUUUAAAUUUGGAAGGGGAGGGGCGUCCUUCAUGGCCACUCGGGGUGCGCACCGUUUUUGUCUGGUAUUUUUCGGGUUUCGGGUAAACAGUCUUUGAAAUUUUCAAAAAAUCGGGAGGAAAAAAAGCCGAAUCCCCGUAGGAGCUUUUGUUGGGAGUUCGGAAUUCGUUGCGUCGAUUCAACCAAAACCCAGAAAAUUCCAGCUGCCUUCAAACUGCAGAUGGGCUCAGAGACGGCAGGCACACAGAGCUUGGUGCUGCCUACUACCCCUGAGACUCAGUCAGCAGGUGAGGGAGGGAGGGGGCAGUUUUAAAAAAAUUGGUAGCAGGGCCAAAAUGGCCUGAAUGCUGGAAAAAAUGGCAUUAUUCAGGAUCUGCUUUCAGGCUCCCUUAAAUUGCUGCCUUUUUCAGGAUAACCCUCCUCCUGAAAAAUACCGAUAUUUUUCAGGGUUGGGGUGUUCAUUUGCCUUUGCCGAACACAUACCCCAAAACGCCACUGCUGUAGGGAAGCAACAGAUUCUUCUGACACUAUCAAGAAGCUGCUAGGAAGCCUCCCUCCCAGAGUUACUGAAAAGUCCGUGCUCGGCUCCGACCCUCAGUUACGGCAUCGGCUGCGUACAUCAAACGCACAGUAGACACGUGCCAGUGAGGACGGUUGUGUGCCGCCUGCAGGAACCUGACCCCUUCAGAGACGUUCACCCUGCUUUAUCUGUUUUAAAACACACGUUGGCUCUCUUAAAUUAAACACGUAUGCAGUCCUGUUGUGGGUGUAGCCGUGUCCGUUCAGUUUCGCUUGUCCUUGCCCCAUUCUGUUACAACAAAGAGCCGAGGGGUACGACAGCUGGCAGCUUGAGUUGGCGGAGUGUUGCUGCCUUUCCCUUCUCCUUCAGUACAACCCAGGAAGAAGAGUACUAUCAGUGCCCAUGUGGGAAGAGGGAGGGUGGUUGUGCCGUGUGGCCUGAAUGGAGGCCAUUAACGUUAUUAGGAGCGAGAGAUGGGAAAACUGCCCGUGUAGACAGGAAGACCCUGAACACGCAGCUGAGCUUUCCGUGCCGCUCCAUCCUGCCUCGUGAGUGCAGGGGGUGCGAGCGCUCGUGCGCCUUUUCUCUGUCUGCCAAUAUUUAAUUAGGGGAAGAAUAAACAUCCCUGGGAGAAAGAAGAAUGGGUUCUCUGUUCUGUAAAUACGUUUGAGCUGCGAAGCGUCUGAAUAGGUGCCAGACAGGCCGUGCGAUCCUCCGCCGAGUGGCUCCUUUCUAAGCCGCUUGACUUCAGUGGCUCGAGAAGGUGACGACUCUGUUUAGGGCCACGCUGUAAGGUUUACAGAUGACCCUGGACGAGAAAUGUUCCCGAACUCCCUUUCUCAUCCCGUAGUUGAUGCAGUUGCUCUGGCCCCCUCCGGCUAAUCCCAUGCCGCUCUUUCUGCCUGUGUCGUUCAGUUUGCUGGUGUGUUUACAAGCUGCACAAGUAUGUCUGGACCCCCUUAGAAGGUCUGCUGUGAGCAUAUCAGGUUGCUGAAUUUUGCAGUGCGUCUUAAGAAUGCACACUGAACAGGGUGUCGUAUCAGUUUCUGAUGCCCCUUUUCCUGGAUUUAAGCAGGAAGCGUAUUAGUUGGAUCGGAGGCACGUGCGGAGACUUAGGGAUUUGCUGAGCUGAAGGACCGGUUUAUGCUCACCCUUUUAGAUACUACAUUAACCAAUCCUCUCCUUAGGUAACUUAACAAAAGUGAGCUUGGAAAAGCCAAGCUUGGCAGUGAAUCUUGGAUUCUGAUUCCAGCAGCCACGCCCGUUUGCGUAACGUUGGCUGACCCACAGUUUUGCCUCCCGAUGGCAAAGCGUUUCUGCGGCACGGCUUCAAAUAAGCCACGAACGCCACACGCUUGGGCUGUGACCAGAUUCUCCGACAUAGUUUGGAUCCCUGGUGACCGCCGCUUGCAAAAGUUGAUGUGAAGCACAAGGCGCAACUUUGCUUGCUUCCAGUGAAGGAUUGCUUUAAGAAUGGCGGAAAAUGGGAUUCUUUGUUUGGGUGCAUUUCUUUGUCCUGAUUAAAAUCUACUCCUAGUUAUCAGCUGUUAUCAUCUUGGGAAAGCAAGGAUAGUAUUGGAUAAUGUAGGAGCCAAGGAACGUCUUCCCUCCCAGAUCUGGGAUAUGUCCACUUUGUCUUUAUGGCAUGAACUGGAAAAAGAGGUCCCCUUUUCCGACCUGGUGAAACACUUCUGUGCUGACCUGUUAACCACUUUUUACACUGUAUGUUGUAUCAUAUAUUGCUUGACCUCAGAACAGUGAGGAGGAAGGCAGGAACCACAAAGCCUGCUUUUGUCCCCCCCUCCCCACCCCAAAGUGUUUACAAGCUUGAUAUAAAACACAGGCAUUUAAA